GUCACUAGUAUAAAUCCUCUGACAGACCACGUACUGCUUCUCUCCAGCGUUUCUCACGGAGGUUUUGUAUCCGGUUCGGUCUGGCUGUUACGUGAGCCAUGGCAGACCAGGCUUUUGUCACCCUUGCCACAACUGACAAUUAUGCCAAAGGAGCAAUGGUACUUGGCAUGUCCUUGAGGAACCACAACACAUCGAGGAAACUAGUGGCCCUGAUUGGCCCCCAUGUCUCUGAACCCUCCAGAGCAGUGCUUCGUAAGGUCUAUGAUGACGUCAGGCUGGUGGAUGUGCUGGACAGUGGGGAUGCUGCACACUUGGCCAUGAUGAAGAGACCUGACCUGGGCGUCACCUUCACCAAACUCCACUGCUGGACUCUUACAGAAUACUCCAAAUGUGUGUUUAUGGAUGCAGAUACUCUAGUUUUGUGUAACAUAGAUGAGUUAUUUGAUCGAGAGGAGCUCUCUGCCGCACCAGAUCCCGGCUGGCCUGAUUGCUUCAACUCUGGUGUGUUUGUCUUCCGUCCCUCCAACGAGACUUAUGAGAAGCUUCUCACCACCUGCUCAGAGAAUGGCAGCUUUGAUGGUGGGGAUCAGGGAGUUCUCAACAGCUUUUUCAGCGAUUGGGCAACGGCAGACAUUUCAAAACACCUUCCGUUUAUUUACAACCUCAGCAGUAUUGCCAUCUACACCUAUCUCCCAGCAUUCAAGCAAUACGGCCGUGAUGCCAAGGUAGUUCAUUUCCUUGGCAAAGUCAAACCGUGGGAUUACAGUUAUGACACCACAAGCAAAACAUUAAAGGGGCAGUCACAGGAUGCAUCUGACAUGCACCCAAACUUCUUGCUGCAAUGGUGGGAGCUUUUCUCUUCUUCAGUAUUGGCCCUCAUGAAGGAGGAAUAUGGUGAACAGCCCUUCCAUUCCGGAUGCACAGAGAGUGAUAUUAACGUUGAUGUGGCUCAGAUGCACAUAUCCCAUCAUCCCCCUCCACCUCAGAUGUCGUCUCAGGAGCGCAAACAGAAGUGGGAACAGGGCCAAGCUGACUACAUGGGAAUGGACUCUUUUGAGAACAUAGAGAAAAAGCUAGAUUCCUUCCUAAAGUGAGAGACUUGUAGGAACGGAUCAUCAGAUCUAGUUUUGUACUAGGGUACUUAUAGGCCAUGAAAUAACAAAAAAUAAAUAAAAAUACAUCCUCUAAUUUUUAUACCAGUUCAGAUCAUCUAUGCAGCUCAACCUCUUACACACUGUGAUUGCAAGACUUAUUAGAAUGACACAAUAUCUCACUUGCCUCAUUUCCAGAGGAGUCGUGACCCGAGACCAUUCAGGCAUCGUUUCUGAUCUCACUAAACGACACCCUACUGUUAUUUUUAUAUUAUUUAAAAUUCAGUAAUGUAAAUGUUAUGGUCCUACAACUUAUUUGCCUUUUGUGUGUUUGUGAAGAUCAGAAAUGUUUGGAAAAAAAUAGAGAAACAUACUGCAAACAAAACAAUACCAAACCUUGUAAAUAUCAACUAUACUGUACACCACUCCACAUUCAAUAUUAAUCAUCUAAUGACCGCCUUUGCAAAGAUAUUGUGUUUACAAGACACUGUGUGCUGCCAACUCGCUUACAUUGUUAAUACUGGCUCUGAUACACAUCAGCAACUUAUUGUGAACCAAGGUCACUCCGCUCUUGCCUACUGGGCAGUCCCUCCCUGUACCAGGAAUAAGCCACAAGGGUUUUGCUACACCUCUGCUGGUAAUACUGUUAAAGCUGGAGCUGUUCAUAACUAGUUUGUAACCUCUCUGUAACUUUACCCUCGCCUGCAACAUCUGAAAGAAAGAACUAGUAAUAUGA